ACGACUAGUUUAUUGGUAUAAAACAUGUAUGGUGCUUUUCUUUUCUUUUCUUGUCUUUUUGCAUCUUUAAACUUGACAAACAUUUUUUUGCCUGCUGAGCGUAGCGCGACGCAUUUGUCACGUGUUCGUGACGAAUAAGGAAGUUCCGCGUUGUAGAGCAAGAAGCUAGUUGGUCUACAUGUUUAGCGCGGUAUCACCGUGGUGCAAUGACUAUUUUGCCACAGAAAACGACUCAUAUCCGAAAUUAGUUAAUUUUAACGAUGAGAGCGAGACACGUAUAUGUUCUUUUGCAUAUUUUUUUGACUGUCGGCGUGCUAGUUAACGCAUUUGAUCCGAUCACAACAACAGUGGUUGUCGGUAUAGGCGCGACUCUGGGGCGGACUAUCUACAAUUACUUUCGCGAAAGCUGCGAUUCCAAAUGGAUCGCCUUCAAUGCGACAGGUCUCCGAAACGACCUGGAUACCAAACUCUUCGGGCAGCACAUCGCUUCACGCAUCAUCUUAAAAGCUGUGAGUGGAUUCAUGAGCAAUGAGAACCCGAAGAAGCCCCUGGUGCUCUCCCUGCACGGAUGGACGGGCACAGGGAAGAACUUUGUCAGUAAGCUGAUUGCUGAAAACAUUUACAAGGAGGGAAUGGACAGCAGCUUCGUUCACGUAUUCACAUCCACACUUCACUUUCCACAUCAAAGUCAAAAAGCAACCUAUAAGUCUCAGUUACAGCAGUGGAUCAAAGGCAACGUCACAAACUGCGAACGCUCCAUGUUCAUUUUUGACGAGAUGGACAAGAUGCAUCCCGGCUUGAUCGACAGCAUCAAGCCCUACCUGGACUACUAUGACAAGCUGGACGGGGUUUCUUACCGCAAAUCAAUCUUCAUCUUUCUCAGCAAUGCUGGAGGGGAGAGCAUUAUACAGACGGUGUUAGAUUUCUGGAAACAAGGACGAGAUCGAGAAGAGAUUGAGCUCAAAGACCUGGAAACAUCGCUCUCUUUGUCAGUGUUCAACAACAACCAAAGUGGCUUCUAUCGUACGAAUUUGAUAGACAAGAACCUGGUGGACUUCUUCGUCCCUUUCUUGCCUCUGGAGUACCGACACGUCGUCCAGUGCGCCAUGGCCGAGAUGAAAGCCAGAGACAUCAAGCCAGACCAGGACGUGGCAGACAGGGUGGCCAGAGACUUAGUGUAUUUCCCCAAAUCUGAGAGGGUUUUCUCUGUGAAAGGCUGUAAGACGAUCGAGAGCAAGCUGGACUAUUACACAUAAUGUCAGCAUCUGAUGGAUGCUGGGCUUGGUCACUAUGUACACUUUUUUCCCCCGAGGAAAACACUCAGCCAAAAGACUAAAGAGCUGACUGAAGAGGUCUUUGUGACGGUUUCUGUGUCUGGCCUUGUGGUCAUGGAGAUGAUAUCAGGAGGCCUUCUGUAGUGUUACAUUUCACUCGCACUGAAUGAAGGGCUGAUGGAGAGCGCAGUGCCAGCUGAAUGAAACAUUAAUAAGAAUGAAAUACUUUCCAUUGCAACUGAUCGAGGAGCUUGAUGUUUGCUUUUAUGUCGCAAGAGUCUCAAAGAGUUUUUCCUGAGAGCUUCUUGGUGAUUAAGGGUGUCCUUCAGUCAGUGAAACUGUCACUGUGGUGCAUUUGUUUUUAUGAAUGUGUAAUGCAUCCAUAUGGAUUACUGGAAAACACCUGCCUUACUACUUCAUUUUAAAAUUCUUUUAGUACUUUUACAGUUGUUGGGGUUUUUUUUUUUUACCCAGUGGUCCACUGUACAUGUAAUUCAGUUAAGUCAAGGGAGGACUUUGUAGGUGAGAUCAUCACAGAUCUUCUAUAACAGUGAAGCUGUUAUAGAAAAGGAUUACUGUGCAGUCCAAAAAGUAAUGACGCAAAAUAGUUUUACAUGUCAUAUUAAAAUCAACAUUUGCAAAACGUGUGCUACUGUUAAUAUCUUAAAUUAGCUUCAUGUGAUUCAUUGCAAACAUAUUAUAUAUGAUAAUAUAUUAUGAAUAUGUUUGUAAUGCAUGAAUAUAAUCCUACUUGACAGGACACCACAGAUUUUUUUGUUUUUGUUUUUUUGCAUCACUGGAUCUGCAAUUAGGCCCUGCAAUUCAAAAAUAUGGUUGUAUGUGACUGGUUAUCUUAUUUUGAUUUAAAGAAAGUAAAAAAUGAUUCCCCUCAUAGCACAAUACUGUCUGGGACAGAUGAAAGGAAGAGCAGGGACCAUGAGAGCAUACACUGUGUUAUCGUGGCACUUUCUACAGGAGGAAAUUAUCUGCUGGUUCCCCAAAAUCUGACACUUUGUUGGGUUUUGAAAGCAUUUCAAGGAUCUUUUUCAUUUUCUGUGCAGCUGUUUAUGGCUCCCUCUGACUCUGAGAUAUUUGGUGCUUAUGGAAACUUACCUUACCAACCUUCUUGGCUGUAAACACCACCAGAGUAGCAAUGCACAAAUAAAAUAUCCAGUUUUCUUUG